GGCGUUUGUGUGUGCGCCUGAUGCCCGUCACCCUCCAUACGUCUUCCGGCGACAUCAAGAUCGAACUCUUCUGCGAGGCAGUGCCCAAGGCAGCUGAGAACUUCUUAGCAUUGUGUGCCUCGGGCUACUAUGAUGGCUGCAUCUGGCACCGAAACAUCAAGGGCUUCAUGAUUCAAACGGGUGAUCCCUCUGGCUCGGGCAAGGGCGGCCAGAGCAUCUACGGGCCCCCUUCGCGGACGAGAUUCGUUCCACGCUCAAGUUCAACACCGUGGAAUGUGGCUAUGGCAAAUGCAGGCCCGGACACGAACAAGUCCCAGUUUUUCAUCACCUACGCAAAACAACCCCACCUGGAUGGGAAGUACACUAUCUUUGGCAAGCGCGCCCCAGUGAAUGCGAAGAACCGCCCCCUGACAGAAAUCAAGCUGAACAAUAUCACGAUCCACGCAAAUCCCAUAGCUGAUGCCAAGCUGCAGGGCGAUAGCUGCAGCCCCGUCUUCCCUCUUCUCCGCACACGCGUUCUCUUUCGAGGACUCUGCGUCGUUUAA